AUGCGUGACGAACAUAUUGUCAUCAUUGCCAUCCAGGAAACCAUGCGCACUGAGUUCUCCCUCCACGAGCUCGACUGUCUUAGUUCCCACCUCUUCGCCUGGCAUUGGCUCCCUUCUAGUGGGACCACGGGGCACUCAGGUGGCAUCCUUUUAGGUGUAAAGGAUACCACCUUCGAGGUGGGUGGCAUGGACCGGGGAGAAUUCUACGUUAGUAUGGAGAACUUUGAGCAUGCACUUAACUUCAAAUGGGAGAUCGUGAUCGUGUAUGGACAGGCGGAUCACCGCCGCUCCCCGGCCUUCCUUGUUGAGCUACAUCAAAAGAUCUCAAACUCCCUCCUCCCAGUAGUUGUGGGCGGAGACUUUAACCUCAUCCACUCCACGGAUGAGAAGAAUAAUGACCGGAUCAACCUCCCCGGAUGCAGCUGUUCAAUGACUAGAUCGCGGAGCUCGGACUCCGUGAACUAG